UCGCGCAAGGCAGACAGACUACAGCUUAGAGAGAGAGACAAAGAGGUGGGAGGCAGACUCGCUUUCUUCAUGUGGGGGAGGAUUAACCGGCACACAACACACAUUUCAUAUUAACACACAGACACACACACACGGCAGCAGACACCUGCAUUUGGAUCAGCAUCAGCAGCAGCAGCAGCAGAGGUGGAGGAGGCGAGAACAAGAGACAAAGAGAGAGACAGAAGGUGGAAGGAGACGAUCUGCACUGUCUAAAGAGACAGGAGGAGAGAGACAGGCCUUUGGCACCUCGACCACCCGUCUGUGUUCAGACAAUGAUGGCCGACCACAUGUUUGGCUGCUGUGCGUCUGCUGAGUGUAUGCUGCUGUAGGUGGGUGUGUUCGCGUGUUCAGUGUUAGUGGCGUGUGCGGUUGGUGUGAUGGGUAACGCAGAGAGCAUGGAGAGCCAGCUGGCUGUGAUCCGGUCCAGAGCUGCACCAGUUCGACUCCCGAUGCCCGACCCAGCUGAGCUGGAGGAGAGGUUCUCCAUUGCACUGAAUUCAAUGAACCUGCCUCCUGACAAGGUGCGUCUGCUGCGAUCCUACGACAAUGAAAAGAAGUGGGAGCUGAUCUGUGAUCAGGAGAGGUUUCAGGUGAAGAACCCACCACACACCUACAUCCAGAAACUCAGAGGCUUCCUUGACCCAGCCGUCACACGCAAGAAGUUCAGAAGAAGAGUUCAGGAGUCGACUCAGACACUCAGAGAGCUCGAGAUUUCUCUUCGCACAAACCACAUCGGGUGGGUCAGAGAGUUUCUGAAUGAGGAAAAUCGAGGUCUGGAUGUUCUUGUCGAGUAUCUUUCCUUCGCUCAGUACGCCAUGACGUUUGAUAGUGAGCAGUCGGAGGCCGGAGGUGAAGUCUCAUCCAUUGACUCACCCUGGAGUAGGUCCAUUGAGGAUCUACAUGGCGACUGCAGCCUCCCUUCCCCAUCCACUUCUGUCCCUCGAGCUGCUCGGCACUCCAUCAGUUCGACUCUAGUGACUCGCUCCAACACACUGCCGAGUCGUCGAACUCUGAAGAACUCACGCCUCGUCUGUAAGAAGGAUGAUGUUCAUGUUUGUAUCAUGUGUCUCCGAGCCAUCAUGAACUACCAGUACGGUUUCAACAUGGUGAUGUCUCAUCCUCAUGCUGUCAAUGAAAUUGCUCUCAGUCUCAACAACAGGAAUCCCAGGACAAAGGCCCUGGUGUUGGAAUUGUUGGCAGCGGUGUGUUUGGUUAGAGGAGGACAUGAGAUCAUCCUGUCGGCUUUUGACAACUUUAAAACUGUGUGUUCGGAGUCGAUGCGUUUUGAAAAGUUGAUGGAGCAUUUUAAGAAUGAAGAUGAUAACAUCGACUUCUUGGUGGCGUGUAUGCAGUUCAUUAAUAUCGUGGUUCAUUCUGUGGAGGACAUGAACUUCAGAGUCCAUCUGCAGUACGACUUCACCAAACUGAACCUGGACGAACACCUGGAGAGACUGAAGCACACAGAGAGCGACAGGCUGCAGGUUCAGAUUCAGGCGUAUCUUGACAACGUGUUCGAUGUUGGGACGUUGCUGGAGGAUGCUGAGACCAAAACUGCUGCUCUGGAACGAGUGGAGGAGUUGGAGGAGAGCCUGUCAACGAUGUCAGAGCGCCUGCUGGAUGUGGAGAAUGAAGCAAUGCUCAAGAUUGUCGAACUGGAAAAACAGCUGAUGCAAACCAACAAGGAGCUGGACCACCUCCGGGAGGUGUACGCGAGCACAAACUCUCAGGUGAACACCUUGCGGCGGAUGGUUCGGGAGAAGGACCAGACUAUCCGGCGGCAGAGUCGUUUAGAGCGUCAGGCUCAGGAGGCCCAGCAGGCCGGAGGACCCGGAGCACCGCAACCCCAGAGAGGAGAAGGGGAUGGGGUAGUGGCUGGCUCGGCCUCCCCCUCUCCUCCACCCUGCCAUAACCUGUCCCCCAGCCCUGAGACCAUAGCCUAUCACAGCAUGGGACCUGGGAUGGGGGGAGCACCAGGGAUGCCAGCACCGCCUCCUCCACCUCCUCCACCACCAAUGCCAGGCACAGUGUCCAACGGGUCACCUACAGUCAUCUUUAACUCUGGACUUGCAGAGGGCCCUCUCAAGUUAUUCUCGGUGAAGAUAAAGAAACCGAUCCAGACCAAGUUCAGGAUGCCGGUGUUGAACUGGGUUGCUUUGAAGCCAAGUCAGAUCAAUGGGACCGUCUUCAAUGACAUCGAUGACGAGGCCAUCUUGCAGGACUUGGAUGUGGAGGAGUUUGAGGAGCUGUUUAAGACAAAGGCUCAGGGUCCGGCGGUGGACUUGACCCUGUCCAGACAGAAGCUUCCUCAGAAAGCACCAUCCAAAGUUUCUCUGCUGGAGGCCAACAGAGCCAAAAACCUGGCGAUCACUCUGAGGAAGGCUGGCCAGGGCUCAGAGGUCAUCUGUCGAGCCAUCCACACGUUUGACCUGCGGACGGUCCGGGUCGACUUUGUGGAGUGUCUGAUGCGUUUCCUGCCAACAGAAGCCGAGGUGAAGUUGCUACGACAAUACGAGAGAGACAGAAAACCUCUGGAGGCUCUGAGUGAUGAGGACCGCUUUAUGAUGCAGUUCAGUCGCAUUGAAAGACUCAGUCAGCGCAUGUCGAUCAUGACCUUCAUGGGCAACUUCAAUGACAAUGUCCAAAUGUUAACUCCACAACUCCACGCCAUCAUUGCUGCUUCAGUUUCUAUAAAGUCAUCUCAGAAGCUCAAGAAGAUCCUUGAGAUCAUCUUGGCUCUGGGGAACUACAUGAACAGCAGUAAGAGAGGAGCUGUGUACGGAUUCAAACUGCAGAGUUUAGACCUGCUCCUGGAGACAAAGUCAACAGACAGGAAACAAACGUUGCUUAAUUACAUUGCUAACGUGGUGAGAGAGAAGUAUCCUGCAGUGUCGCCGUUUUAUAACGAGCUUCACUACGUCGACAAGGCUGCUGCAGUGAGUCUGGAGAACGUGUUGUGUGAUGUAAAGGAGCUGCAGCGUGGCAUGGAGCUCACCUGGAGAGAGUUCAGUGUUCAGCACAACGCCACGCUGAAAGACUUCAUCAGCAUCACGACUCCAAAACUGCAGGAAGAUGCACGCAUCGCUCAGGAUGCGUUUGAAGACGUGGUGAAGUUUUUUGGUGAGAGCUCAAAGACAAUGCCACCAUCUGUCUUCUUCCCGAUCUUUGUUCGCUUCAUCAAAGCAUACAGGCUGGCCGAGGAGGAGAAUGAGCAGAGGAGGCGUCAGGAACAGAUGUUGUUGGAGAAGCUAGAGCAGGAGGAACAGCAGCAGGAGGAGGAGACCAAGUCUCCAUCCCACAGGGGGAAGCGGCAGCAGCAGGAGCUGAUCACAGAGCUCAGAAGACGACAAGGAAAGGACAGUCGCCAUGUUUACGAAGGGAAGGAUGGAGCCAUAGAGGACAUCAUCACAGCUCUCAAGACUGUCCCCUUCACGGCUCGAUCAGCCAAACGCAGCUCUCGCUUUUUCUGUGAUGCCACCCACACCGAGGAGCACUACUGAGGAGGAGAGAGAGCUUAUAUGUGG